CGGAUUGGUGACGUGAGCGCGAAGAGGCCUCCCCCCGCCUGCUUCGCUGUUUUUGGGGAGGGUGCGCGGGAGGGGGGCUAAAAAGCCCCUGCCAAACUGCCCCUACCCCCAGUCGAAGUCCGGGACCUGAAUGAAAGGAAUCCGAUCCAGCUCUGGGACGCGGUGGACAGACUAUCGACCGACAUUUAAAGCUCGUUUUGAAGCGCGGAGUUUCGUGCGCUCUUGGAGAGUUUACGCACGGACACCGUCGACAUGGCACGGAGAACUGUUUACUCCGGUUGAAAACUUCGCGUAUCCAAGGAGUUAUUUGGAUUUUUUUCCUCCUGUUUUACAUGGAUGCAACAUAGGACGCUUUAAGAGGAGUUAUAUGGUCGUACCGCAUCUGCAUCGAUCCGAAAUAAAGUUACUUGUACACGCGUGGAACUAUUAGUGCCACACAUCCAGCGUGCCGACCCUUCGUCAACAGCCUGUGGGGCCACGGCUCUCCAGCCAGGUCAGAGGUCAUCUGCGACAUGAUGCCAGCCAGCCACCUGCCUAUCCUGCUCUCCCUGAGUGCCCUGCUGCUGUCUCCGCUGCUCACCGGCUCCUUGGCCUUAUCUCCACCCAGGUUCACAAAAGUACCUGUCGACAUGAUCGGCGUCUCCGGAGGUGUCGUAUCCUUCGUAUGCCAAGCCACAGGUGACCCCAAGCCAAGAGUAACCUGGAAUAAGAAAGGAAAGAGGGUGAACUCUCAACGCAUCGAGACAAUAGAGUUUGAUGAAGGUGCGGGGGCCGUCCUAAGGAUCCAGCCUCUACGGGCGCCUCGAGACGAGAACAUCUAUGAGUGUGUAGCGGAGAACAGCGAAGGCGAAAUCAGUGUCCAAGCUAAGCUGUCAAUCAUUAGAGAGGACCUACUUCCUGCUGGCUUCCCCAACAUCGACAUGGGCCCACAGCUGAAGGUGGUGGAGCGCACGCGCACGGCUACCAUGCUUUGCGCCGCGAGCGGUAACCCCGACCCGGAAAUCACCUGGUUCAAAGACUUCCUUCCCAUCGACCCCAGCACAAGUAACGGACGAAUAAAACAGCUCAGAUCAGAAGCGAUUGAGAGUACUCCCAUCCGAGGUGCUCUGCAGAUAGAAAACACUGAGGAAACCGACCAGGGGAAGUACGAGUGUGUGGCGUCUAACGUGGAAGGCGUCCGAUACUCUUCCCCUGCCAACCUGUAUGUGCGAGAGCUUCGAGAAGUUCGUCGCGUGCCCCCACGUUUCUCCAUCACGCCCCCCACCAUGCAAGAGAUCAUGCCAGGUGGUAGCGUUAACAUCACUUGCGUCGCCGUUGGCUCGCCCAUGCCCUACGUCAAGUGGAUGCUUAACUCGGAGGACCUGACGCCCGAGGACGUGAUGCCAGUGGGCAGGAACGUUCUGGAGUUAAACAGCGUCCGUGAGUCGGCCAACUACACCUGCGUGGCCAUGAGCAGCCUGGGCAUCAUCGAGGCUAAUUCCCAGAUCAUUGUCAAGUCCUUGCCGAAACCUCCAGGUAUUCCUGUCGUAACCGAAACUACCGCCACCAGUAUCACCAUCACCUGGGACAGUGGCAACCCUGAGCCCGUCUCCCAUUACAUCAUCCAGUAUCGCGCCAAAUCUCCUGAAAGCAAGUUCGAGACCGUGGACUCCAUCACCACCACUCGCUACAGCAUCGGCGGACUUUCUCCAAACACUGAUUACGAGAUCCGCGUGUCAGCCUUCAACACCAUUGGCCAGGGCCCGCCCAGCGAACCAGUUGAGGCUAGGACUGGGGAGCAAGCUCCCGCCAGCCCACCACGCAAUAUCCAGGCCCGUAUCAUCUCCCAGAACACCAUGAUGGUACGCUGGGAUGAACCCGAGGAGCCCAAUGGACAGAUCAAAGGUUAUCGGGUCUACUACACCAUGGAUCCAUCUCAGCCCAUGAGCAUGUGGCACAUCCACAACGUACAGGACAGCGUGAUCACCACCAUUCAAAGUCUGGUGGCCUCCGAGACCUACACCAUCAGAGUGCUGGCCUUCACGUCCGUAGGAGAUGGACCCUUCUCGGAUCCCAUUCAUGUAAAAGUGCUUCAAGGAGUCCCUGGACAGCCGACCAACUUCCAGGUUGGUGAGGUGUCAGACACGAGCAUUGAGCUAACAUGGGAACCGGCCUUUGAAAAAGAGGGAAUCAUCAGUUACGAACUACAUUACAAAGAGGGCGGGCAAGAAUCUCAGGUAAAGAAAACAUUCGGCCCAACCUCUUCCUAUGUGGUGGAGGGUCUGCGUGCAAAUACAGAGUACUACUUCUCUCUGGCUGCCAUCUCCAACAAAGGCAUUGGAGCCUUCACCAAUGAAAUAUCCCAAAGGACAUCCCAAGCCAAGCCCUCCGCCCCCCCUCAAGACAUUAAGUGCUCCGGCUCCAGCUCCACCACCCUGCUGGUAAGUUGGCGCCCUCCGCCGGCCGAGAGCCAGAACGGGGCACUGGCCGGGUACAUAGUGCGCUACGCGGUGGUGGGGGCCGGGGCUGAGGUCAACACGGAGCCCGUGAAGGAGCCAGCGGUGCCCCCCAGCUCCAAUCAGAUCCAGCUGCAGCGGCUGGAGAAAUGGACCUUGUACCGAGUCACCGUGGCUGCCUCCACCAGCGUGGGUCCGGGCCCCGAGAGCGAGCCGCUACUGUGCCGCACAGACGAGGACGUGCCCGGGGCCCCCCCUCGGCGUGUGGAGGUUGAGGUGCUGAACUCCACCGCCAUCAAGGUAAUGUGGCGCUCCCUAUUGCCAGGGAAACAGCACGGGCAGAUCCGUGGAUACCAGGUGCACUACGUCCGUGUCGAGAACGGCGAAUCCCGUGGCCUGCCCCUCAUCAAGGACGUCAUGCUCGCCGAUGCACAGUGGGAAAUGGACGACACAGCUGAAUAUGAGAUGGUCAUCGGGGGCCUGCAGCCUGACACCACGUACUCCAUCACCGUGGCAGCCUACACCACCAAAGGAGACGGAGCCCGCAGCAAACCCAAGCUGGUGGUGACUAAAGGAGCAGUGCCGGGGCCUCCCUUUCUCUCUGUCAACCAAAACUCAGAGACUACCGCAUUAGUGCGCUGGCAACCCCCAGAUUUCGUCGCUCCGGGUCUCGAGGUGCAAGGCUAUCGGCUUCAGAUCGGCCGAAAGGAUGUGAGCCCCCUGGCCACGCUGGAGUUCGGCCCUCAGGAGCUGGAAUAUUCCAUUAGCAAUAUCCACCGAGGGGCCACGUAUGUCUUCAAAGUGUCCGCCAAGUCUAGAUCGGGAUUUGGUGAAGAGGCUACCCGAGAACUAAAAGUCCCAGAGGAGGUUCCUCGAGGGUAUCCACAAAUAAUCGAAGGGUCUAACAUUACCUGCUGCUCGCUCCAAUUUGCCUGGUUGCCUCCGGUGCUAGCGGAGCGCAACGGCGCUAUAACAGAAUACACACUGGCUUAUCAAGAGGCCGGAACGGUUGGCAGACCCAAGGAACUGCGUCUGCCGGCAAGUGAGAACAGCUACACCCUCAACAGCCUGAGGCACAACGCAGUGUACGAUGUGAAAAUUCGAGCGCACACCAGUGUAGGUCCAGGGCCCUACAGCCCAUCGAUCCAGUAUCAAACAGUGGCCUACGAAGCAGAUGUUCCUAAGAACUUCACCGUGAAGCUGGCCACCAAAACCACGGUACUGCUGACAUGGAAGUUUUCCGAUAGCCGCUUCCCGUACCGCUGCAUGAUCGAGUACAACCGGCAGAAGGUUGACAUUGACGCUAGGAUGACCAAAGCUCUCAUCACCAACUUGCGACCCAACAGCACCUACGAGUUCAGGAUCACCUGCCAGGAGAGCAGUGACGGUGGACCCAAACACAAGCUCAUCGCACGAACGGCGCCACCUAUUCUGGUCCGAAAGCCAGAGUUGGACCUGAAAAGAGAGCCGGCCAGCACGCUGACCAUUGUCUUCCCACCGCUGGAAUCCAAAGAGUUGAUAAAGGCGGUCUAUGUUGUGGUGGUUCCUCUGAAGAAGGGAAGAGGUCCAAUCCGACACAUCAAGAGCCCAGAUGAAUUGGACCUAGAAGAGCUGUUGGGCGACAGAAGACUCGGUCAACGUCACGCUCGAACCACCCGUCAGCUCAAGCAGGUGGACGGGAAGCAGCCCUACAUUGCUGCCAGCUUCAAGCCCUCAUCCAUGCCGCCGUCCUUCACCCUGGGCAACCAGAUGGUGUACAGCAGCUUUGAAAACAGGCCUCUGGACCCCGGGCAGGAAUAUGUGUUCUUUAUCCUUGCUGAGCUCAACACCACCGGAGGGAAAACGUUUGCGUCCAGCCCCUACACGGAUCCAGUGACAGCUCCAGACGUGGACCCUCAGCCCAUAGAUACGGGAGGGGACGGACUCAUCUGGGUGGUGGGGCCCGUUCUUGCUGUGGUCUUCAUAAUCUGUAUUGUGAUUGCGAUUCUCCUCUACAAGAACAGCAAGCCUGACAGCAGCAAACGUAAAGAGUCAGAGCCACGAACGAAAUGUUUGCUGAACAACGCCGAUAUCACCCCGCACCACCCCACAGACCCGGUGGAGAUGAGACGAAUCAACUUCCAGACCCCAGAUUCGGGUCUAAGCAGUCCUGUCAGUGAAGCCGGUUUUGACUAUGAAAGUAUGAUGAACCACCCUCCUAUACCCAUCUCUGAGCUAGCUGAGCACACGGAUCUACUGAAGGCUAACGACAACCUGAAGCUCUCCCAGGAGUAUGAGUCCAUCGAUCCGGGUCAGCAGUUCACCUGGGAGCAUUCCAACCUGGAGGUCAACAAACCCAAGAACCGCUACGCCAACGUCAUCGCCUACGACCACUCCCGCGUAAUCCUGGCGCCCAUCGAAGGUAUCACAGGCAGCGACUACAUCAAUGCUAACUACAUUGAUGGCUACAGGAAGCAGAACGCAUACAUAGCCACGCAGGGACCGCUGCCAGAGACCUUCGGAGACUUUUGGAGAAUGGUGUGGGAGCAACGAGCCGCCACCGUGGUCAUGAUGACCAGACUGGAAGAGAAGUCAAGGAUAAAGUGUGACCAGUACUGGCCAAGUAGAGGGACGGAGACCUAUGGUAUGAUCCAGGUGACGCUCCUGGACACCAUCGAACUCGCCACUUUCUGCUUGCGCACCUUCUCUCUACACAAGAAUGGUUCAAGUGAAAAGCGAGAGGUUCGACAGUUCCAGUUUACCGCCUGGCCGGACCACGGCGUUCCCGAGUACCCCACUCCAUUCCUGGCCUUCCUCAGGAGGGUGAAGACCUGCAAUCCACCGGAUGCUGGCCCCAUCAUCGCCCACUGCAGUGCUGGUGUGGGCCGCACAGGCUGCUUCAUCGUGAUUGACGCCAUGCUAGAGCGCAUCAAGCAUGAGAAGACGGUGGACAUCUACGGUCACGUGACCCUCAUGCGCUCCCAGAGGAACUACAUGGUGCAGACAGAAGACCAGUACAGCUUCAUCCAUGAUGCCCUCCUGGAGGCCGUCGCCUGCGGGAAUACAGAGGUGGCGGCACGAAGCCUCUUCUCCUACAUCCAGAAGCUGGCGCAGGUGGAGGCCGGAGAGCACGUUAGUGGCAUGGAGCUGGAGUUUAAGCGUUUGGCGAACUCCAAAGCCCACACGUCCAGAUUCAUAAGUGCCAAUCUGCCAUGCAACAAAUUUAAAAACCGCCUGGUCAACAUCAUGCCCUAUGAGACCACUCGAGUGUGCCUGCAGCCCAUCAGAGGGCUGGAGGGGUCCGACUAUAUCAACUCCAGCUUCAUUGAUGGAUACAGACAACAGAGGGCUUAUAUAGCCACUCAAGGCCCAUUAGCGGAGACCACUGAAGACUUCUGGAGGAUGUUGUGGGAGAACAACUCCACCAUUGUGGUAAUGCUGACCAAACUGAGGGAGAUGGGACGAGAAAAGUGUCACCAGUACUGGCCAGCAGAGCGCUCCGCUAGAUAUCAAUACUUUGUGGUGGAUCCCAUGGCGGAGUACAACAUGCCGCAGUACAUCCUCAGAGAGUUCAAAGUGACGGAUGCUCGGGACGGCCAGUCCAGGACCGUUCGGCAGUUCCAGUUCACCGAUUGGCCGGAGCAGGGUGUUCCCAAAUCAGGAGAGGGCUUCAUCGACUUCAUCGGACAGGUGCAUAAAACUAAGGAGCAGUUUGGACAGGACGGGCCCAUUUCUGUUCACUGCAGUGCCGGUGUGGGGCGGACCGGGGUCUUCAUCACGCUAAGCAUUGUGCUGGAGCGGAUGCGCUACGAGGGUGUGGUGGACAUCUUCCAGACGGUCAAAAUGCUGAGAACGCAACGUCCAGCAAUGGUGCAAACAGAGGACGAGUACCAGUUUUGCUAUCAGGCGGCUCUGGAGUACCUUGGAAGUUUUGAUCACUAUGCAACGUAAAAAGCCAUUUUUGUUCCCCCCUGCCCCACAAACCCCCCUCCCCCCAACAGCCUCCUGAGCCAUAAAAACUUGCUUGAAAACACGAAACGAUGACAACUAUACACAAUUCAUAAACAUUUUUUGAAGAAUCGUCUUUUGGAACCAUUCGAAACGCGUCAUGCGUUUCUCCAAUUGGACAAGCAACACUGGAGAAGCGCAAACGGAUCCCAAACCCUUCUACGUCCCAAGCUCGUGAUGGAGGAACCAAACGUUUUGGCUCAGGCUGUAGGGGGGUAAUGACGAUCUAGGUGUCGGACCACUAACUUUACCUCAAGUGUUCUGACGUGGAGGACAAGCAUUGUUUCUUUUCAAACUAACUCUAUGAACAUAUUACAAAAAGACAUGAAGGAAAAGUCGGUGAGAUACAACAUGACAACACAUUUAAGUAUAAAUGAUGAGCACCUAAUUGGCUGGCGUUUAAAAUCCUUCUUUGUUUUCUAAAAUGGCAACGUUUCCAUUGAAAUGUGAUCUGUCGUUCUAACAGCAGUCGUCAUUGCUGUCUUCAAUGGAGAAGUUGGAGCAACGGUACAGACAAGACUUCUUUUGCUGCUCACGUCUUGGGUCCAAGCCUCUCCUCGACAUUUUGCCAUUCGGACAAAAUUGGGAGCCACUUAAGAAGCAAUUCGAAGCAAACCGUUCAUCCACUUGAGAAAGUCACCCUCCUCUUGAAACCACUGGAGUCGCCAAACAAGAACUCGACAUGUCUUGAGGCGCUGAGGCAUUCAAGGAAAUGGUUGAAACCUAAUCGCAUCGGUUUCUUGAGGUGGGGACAGUUUUUCGGUGCUUUCGAGGACGUGCUAGUGAACAUUUCUGCCAAUGUAGCUCCAUCUUCACUUCUCGAGAGCUAAUGGGAGCGUGAAAUGUUGUGUCAACUGGAGAUUAGGACCAGAGGAUCCACCACCGAAGUCUCGAGUUUCUUUGGUGCAAUGUAGCUCCAUUUCCAUCCUCGAGAGCCAAUGGGAGCUCGACCUGUUGCAUAAUUGGGAGAUUUGGACCAGAGGAACCACCAACAAAGUCUCAAGUUUCUUUGGCGAAAUGUGGCUCCAUUUCCAUCCUCGAGAGCCAAUGGGAGCUUGACCUGUUGCACAAUUGGGAGAUUUGGACCAGAGGAACCACCAACGAAGUCUCAAGUUUCUUUGGCGAUGUGUGGCUCCAUUUCCAUCCUCGAGAGCCAAUGGGAGCUCGACCUGUUGUGUAAAUUGGAGAUGAGGACCAGCGGAUCCACUAACGAAGUCUUGAGUUUCUUUGGCGCAAUGUAGAUCCAUCUCCACCUCUGAGAGCCAAUGGGAGCAUGAAAUGUUGCGUCAUCUGGAGAUUAGGACUAGAGCAACCAUCAACGAAGUCUCAAGUUUCUUCAGCACCUUGUAGCUCCAUUUCCAUCCUUGAGAGCCAAUGGGAGCUUGACCUGUUGCGUCAAUUGGAGAUUACGACGAGACGAGCCACCAACAAAGUCUUGAGUUUCUUUGGUGACAUCAUCUGAUACAUUGACUGGUCUCUCCAUUGACGUACACAAUGUAUUUGGUGGACCGGAUAGGGGAUGCGUGGCUAUGUCUUGUUUUCGGUACUUCGACGUCCCCAGUGACCACCGUUCAUUGCCAUCGUUUCAAACAAUUUUUUGUCUUACAACUGUCGUUUUCGUUUUGCUCUUGAUACCAAACAUGCUGCUUUUGCUACAUUAUGCUGUACGUGUACAUGUGAAGAGUCCGAUUCACCGGACGGAAGUGUGCGAGAGCAUGAUUACUUGUGCUGGUCCCACCAAUAAAACCAUUUCCUUAUGCCCCAACAGUCGCCCAGGAUGACAUUGCAUUUUAUCGUCAUCAAUGACCCAUUCGUGGUUACUUUGGGAUUUCUUGCGUUUGUUGCAAUUGUUGGUUCUUUUUAAGGGUGUUUCUAUAAUGGAUUUGGGCUAACAAAGAGCAUGAAACGGGCAUAUGUUUGCGCCAUGAAACUACGGUACAACUAUCUUGUGAAUCUGUUGUAGGUGGGACUGUUUUACACACUCAUGCACAUGCGUAUGAGGGGGAGGGGCCUGCGCUCCGCCAUUAGAGCUGAUUGGCUGUACUGGAGAAUGCUUGAACCUGGAGUGUUCUGAUUGGUGAGAGAAUGAAAGGAGCCGUGUGUAAUCUUAUUUGCAAAAAAGCCUUAUUCUUGUAAAAUCAUAGAAAAAAAAAUCAAAUGCAUUAUUGUUGUAUUAUUUUGACUAUUAUCUUCUUAACAGACAUUUGAUUUCUUGGUUUAGUGUUUUGCGUUUUUUUAACAAAGAUACUGUACUCAUUUUAUUUAAUUAGCAAGGAAAAAUAAUGCUCAUUUUGCUCAUAUUAUGUUAAAAGACAUUCUAUUUUUUCACUGUAGAAAUGUAACGUGAGAUGUGUUUGUGUGCAUGUAUACAUAGACGAAUGGGACGUGAAUGUAUACAUACACACUCACAUAUAUUAUAUUUAAAAGCAGAAUAUAAAGAUGUAUCCAAAUCUUCAUAUGAAUAGCCUUUUUUGUUUUUGUUUUUGAAGCGGGCGCUCAUUUUUAUACCACCAUGAAAUUAUGAAAUUGUGUGUAUGAAAUCAUGAAUGACUUUUUAUUGUUUUUGUUUUUUAAAGAGUUGGGGAAAUGCAUUAUCAGAAAUGCAGAAAUUUCCCAUAAAUCAUUGCAGGGAGAGCUUUGACUUCCUGUUGCCCAGUUAUGAAGGUUGAAUUAUGAUUACAAUCCUGUUGUUAUUCAUCAAUAGUACUAGUAUUAACUGAAGUAUUACUUUUAUAAAAGAUGUAGACCUGGUUUACUAAUUACUGAAUUGAACAAAAACAAAUUAUCUAUACUUUCCAAAUUUUACUAUAAAAAAAAAAAAUAAUAAUAAUUUUGUUACAGCCCAUAUCUGUGAAAGCUUUCAUUUUUUGAAACAUUAUUUGUCUUUUUACUUUUCAAACCACCGAAUGUUCAAUCGUUUGUUAGAUAUCAACAAUGAUCCUGAAUAUAAUGCCUGUAAAUAAACAAAUAUAUAUUAUAUGUAUUUGUAUAAUUUGACCCACAAGAUUUCUGUCUUUGAACAAAACUGAGAUAACUAACAACAAAAAAAAUGUUU